UUCUUUAUUUCUCUAAAAACCUUAACUUUCUGCAAAUGCUGCUUCGAGUGGUUUUUCUCACAUUUGUCAUUCUCUGGGCAGGCGCGGAAAUCCAGUUGGGCUGCAAAAGCACUCCAUUCCGAAAAGGUGUCAAUCCAUGCCCUCCACACUUCACAGAAUUACCCGGAGGGCUUUGUUGCUCCGAUGACGACGUCUAUAUCAUAUCGGACAAUGACACCACACUUUCCCCAACAACAACCACAACCGCUGCUCCAUGCCAAGACAGAUUGAACCCUGCGACAGGAGUCAGCGAUUGCCCAAUGCGACGCAAUUUGUGCACGGAUCCAAAUUACAGAAAGAUGAUGCACGAACAAUGCCCAAAGACUUGCGGAUUCUGCACUACUGGGUCGACUACCAAGGCACCAGCGUGCUCUGACAAAGUGGAUCCGAGAACUGGAGUUAGUGAUUGCCCACAAAAGAAGUAUCUGUGCACAGAUCCUACGUACAAGGGAUUGAUGAAGGACAAGUGUCCAAAGACAUGUGGAUAUUGUUAACCUCGCAUUUUAUUCUAAAUACUUAUUUAUUAUUAUUAUGUAAUGAUGCCUUGAACGUCUUUCAACUUUAUCAUAAAUAUAUUU